UUAGCUGCUAAGUAAAGUUUUAAAGAAUCCAGGGUAUUUCGUUUUUCAAAUCAUUCUCUGAAAACCCAGAGGAUCAAAGAUUCUGCUUUUGUUUGAAGGAUGUCUUGUUCACCGGAGAAGCCAGGCUUUACGCAAACUUGUAGCCUUUUUAGUCAGUACUUGAAGGAGAAAGGUAGGUUUGGAGAUCUGACUCUGGGAAUGACAUGCAACGUUGAAGCUAAUGGGAACCCAGAGAUGCUGCGUCCUUGUCCUACCAUGAAUUUGUUUCCAGUCAAUGAGAAAUCUGGUGGCGAUUGUGGCCGCAACGUUACGGUGACUCGGAAAUCGAGAUCGAUGGAUUUGUUCCCUAAUCAAGCUGGUUUUCCAUCAUCGUCGGUUCCGAAGGACGAGUGCCCGAAAAGGGUUGAUUCCAAUGUUACCACCAGGAACAAACCGGCUGCGGUGGAGCCUCAAGCUGCACAGAUGACUAUUUUCUAUGCUGGACAAGUGAUCGUGUUCAACGAUUUCCCGGCCGAUAAAGCUAAGGAAAUCAUGCUUUUAGCUGGCAAGGGGAACUCUCAAAGCAAUAGCAUGGCUAGAAGUCCACUUGAAUCCGGUACCGGAGUUCCUCCUACAUCUAAUUUCAGCAACAUCGUAACACAAGGUUGCGUACGAGCUGCUCUGCGACCAAAUCCCGGCAGCGAUUUACCAAUUGCGAGGAGAGCAUCGCUCCACCGGUUCCUCGAGAAGAGGAAGGACAGGAUCACCACAAGGGAACCAUACCAGAUUGGUAAGCCGGCAGCAUCGCCUUCCAAGCCCGCCGACAGCAAAUCAUGGCUCGGUUUGGCUGCUCAAUCCCCUCAGUAAUUCGGAUCAAAUCGAGUCAAUUUUUUUAGGCUUAUUGUUAAGCCGGAUAUAUAUUUUUUUUAUUGUUUUUGUUUUUCAGCAGGUUUUCAAGCUGUUUCAUUAGCUGUUCUCUUAGAUCCUAACUCUCGAUCAAAAUCUAAUCAUUAGUUUAAUUGUAAUUAUUCUCUACUAAUAAAUUAUUAGUUCAU